ACAGUCUAUGUGGAAGACAAACUGACCCAUACGCCAGUCCAGAGGGUGGCGGUAAUGUGCUACUUGACAACCAGCCUCAUCAAAAUAGAAGAAGACUAUCCUGGGAGCUGAUCAUGUGACAAAACAGACGUUUUGCAACAACUGACUUCUCUUGUGACAAACAGCGUCUUUAAGCAGGUAAAACAUGCCUUGUUGUUGUGUGUCGCUCGGGUUAGGAUCUAAUUUUUAGGUUCCGAUCAGUUAGGGAUAUUACCUAAUUUAGCUGAAGUGAACCCGGAAGGGUGAUGUUUAGCGCUAGCUGUCACCUUACCAAGCUCCGUAGAAAAAAUCUUAUAAUUAAACAGAGCCCUGUUUGUUGAAAAUGUUCACUUUUGCGUACUGUCAGUCUGGAAAAUAAAUGGCAGCUUUUGCUUGGGUUAAAUUUAAACUCACGAAGGUUAAAAAGAAGUCACUCUUUGUUUUAAACAGCUGUAAUAAUAGGCUGGCAAAGCGCAUGACAGAUUGCCGGAUUUUGAAUGGAGUUUGGUGCGGGGCUCGAAACGACUGUUUGGAAUGAUAGGUGUAACAAUCUUGUAAAUUGCCUAUGAUUGGUCUAACAAUAGCAAAAGAUUUGUGUGUGUGUGUGUGUGGAAACUGUCGCUCAGUGGUUCUCUUCUUUAAAGCUUCGUGACAUGAGUUUUGCCUCCUUAAAGUUCACUGUCAUUGCGAUCACUCCAUCUGAAAACCAAUCAUAUUCUCUUUGUCCUACAUAAGAAAAUCAAUCACAAUGAGGCUGGUGAUCCUGGACGACUAUGAUCUGGCCAGUGAAUGGGCAGCAAAGUACAUCCGGAACAGAAUAAUCCAGUUUAAACCCUCUGCAGAGAGAUACUUCACACUAGGCUUACCUACAGGUGAGAUUCACACCAACAGUAAUCCAUUGUAAGUAUUAGUUAACCUAGUUUAUCCAAGAGUAAGCUGAAUAAACUAAACAUGUGUCCUCUCAGGAAGCACACCCUUUGGCUGUUACCAGAAGCUAAUCGAGUAUUACAGAAACGGAGAUAUUUCAUUCAAAUAUGUGAAAACCUUCAACAUGGAUGAAUAUGUCGGUGAGUUUUUGAUCCUUUUAUAGACUUGGUCACACAUCAUCACCCCCAUCCCGUUACACUGUAUUAAAGCACACAUAUGUAGACUCAAAAAUAUGAAAAAAAAAAGACCAAAGUAUUUAUAACAAAAUAUAAGGUCUGGGAGCAAAGAAAAAAGAGCAACCCUCGUGCUGAGCUGAUUUUUUUUUAAACCUGCUGGUGGAAUAGAAUUUAUAAUGAGCUCAAAUUUACUUUAUCAAAGUUUUCAGUUUCAGCAUCUGUUUUUUGUUAAAUAGUCUUCAGAUGAGUUGCAAAGCAUCAGAAUCUGUCUGUAGAAACAUUUGACAGAAGAGGAAAACUUACUUGAGUUUGGAUUUAAGGGACUGUGUUUCCUUUCUGUCUACAGGUCUACCUCGUGCUCAUCCAGAGAGCUAUCACUCCUACAUGUGGAACAACUUCUUCAAGCAUAUCGACAUCGAUCCGGCCAACGCUCACAUCCUGGAUGGGAAUGUCGAUGACCUGGAGGCAGAGUGUGAAGCCUACGAGAAGAAGAUUGCAGAAGCUGGAGGGAUUGAGCUGUUCGUAGGAGGUCAGACACAUGAUAUUUGAUGUUUCUUUGUUUGCCGUUGAAAACAAAACACAUUUGUUUUCAGAACAGACUUUGUUUACUGUCUCUGUAGGUAUUGGCCCUGAUGGUCACAUAGCGUUCAAUGAGCCAGGCUCCAGCCUCGUUUCCAGGACCAGAGUGAAGACCCUGGCCAAGGACACCAUUGUGGCCAAUGCUCGAUUCUUUGGCAACGACCUUUCCAAGGUUCCCACCAUGGCUCUGACUGUGGGUGUAGGAACAGUGAUGGACGCCAAGGAGGUCAGACACACAGGCAGCUAGUGUAUUUAGCUUUAAGCUUUUACCUUCGAUAAAAAAAAUUCAAAGGAUAUUUGAUGGUUCGUUUGUUAGGAACAUUAAAAUGAUGAUUGAUGUGGUGGUAUGCAGUGCUAUGUCUGUGUGGAAGCAUGUGCAGUUAAAAUAAAACAGGUCAAAGAGUGCUUCCCUGAGGAACACCAUAUUCAACUGGAAAGACUCAAAAAAAGCUCCAGACACCUCCUUAUUAUGAUUACCUCCUCAAAUGACUGAGAUGUUGAUUCAGACUGGAUUAUAUAACCAGAGGACCUCUGUGUGUCCUUUAUAUGAUCAGUGAUUAGUUUUCUACUUCAUAACUUACUGACAUGUUUGAUUCACAUUGGAUAAAAAACACAGAUGUCCUCCGCUGUUAUCCCAGAUUAUCAGAGACCCCCAGGGCUCAGGUUUGAGAGUAAGACUGUGUUUUUCUCUGUCCUCCAGGUGAUGAUUCUGAUCACGGGAGCUCACAAAGCCUUUGCUCUGUAUAAAGCCAUCGAGGAGGGCGUGAACCACAUGUGGACUGUGUCGGCCUUCCAGCAGCACCCACGCACCAUCUUUGUUUGUGAUGAAGACGCCACGCUGGAGCUACGAGUCAAAACAGUAAAAUACUUCAAAGGUGACAAAAACACCUGAAUCCUCCUGUUGCAGCAGCUUCACCACAAGCCUCAGGUUGUUUUUAGCUCAAAGUUAAAUCAAAGCUUUUAAUUAGUAGAUCUGAAGGUAAGGCUGAGUCACGGGUUCGUUUGCAAUCAUAGUUUAGGUGUAUAAUGUAUAUUGACAUAGGGACAGCAGUCCAGUUAAAAUGCCUAAUCCAACAGUAGCUGAACUGUGCAUGGGAGCAUGCUGACUCUGCAUGGAGAGCAAAAGCAGGAGGAACACAGUCCUCCACAAUGACCUCCAGCUCCCAUGUGUAGUAAUCUGAGGAGGAUUUCGGUCACUGUAUGAUGAAGGUCAGCAAACAAUCUGUUCUAGAUUGUUUGCUGACAUUGCUACAUUUACACUGAGACACUAAUCUGACUGAUGCUUGAGUCUCUAAAGAUAAUCAGAGUUUAGAUUUACAGACUUCCCUAAAUGCAUCAGACGUGAUGAUCUAACUUCCAUUCAACAAACAUGUUUCAAGUAGUUUCCUCCUCCUCUGGAGGACAGACCUGACAAAGCUGGACUUUGGAUUAAUCUGCAUCAUGAUGUUGGUAUUUCAGUAAACUGUAUAACUGGACUGUAAUCAGUGCAGUCCACAGAGAAGGCGGGAAGUCCACUGUGGUACUCAAAAGCAUAUGUUGUUUUAUUUCUGUGCUAAUUCUUUUUUUUUUUUAAUUAAAGGUUUGAUGCAUGUUCAUAACAAACUGGUGGACCCGGUGUUCAGCAUAAAGGAGCAGUAAGACCCAGAGGACCACCUCUGAGGGAGCUGAGGAUAGAUGAAGAUCCAGCAUGACUGGACUGCCUUCUUCUCUGGGUACUGUUAUUUGUCUGGACUAUCUUCUCACCCGUGCUCUGGUUCAGUAACAGACAAACAGUGCUGUUAGAGGGUGUUUGACUUAUUAUUGGGGCUGUAAUAAUCAGGUGUGUUGCAUUUAAAAUAUAAUCAUAAACAAAUUCACUAUAUUUGGGAGAUUUUUACUGGGAGGUUCUUUUGAUUGUGUUUUGAGGGGAUGGUGUCAGUUUGAGUUUUGAGUCACUCUGGGAAAACUGAACCGUGUAGCAUUUAUUUAAUGUGAGUUUUCAUAAAUACCUGCCCUGAUUCAAUGAUUGGCUGGAGGAGGUAUACCUGAAACAUCUUCCUUUUUGAACCAGUGAAUGAAGGCGUUUGUUGUCAAACACUUUGACUUUAUAUCCUGCUAGUUUACAUGUAUGUGUAGAGGAAAUGUAAAUAGUGGGUUCCUCACUGUUGCAUUACAAACUGCUUCACCACUGCAAGACUUUGGGGGACACCUCCUGGUGGACUUGGCCUUUGCAGCACACGCAGCACACUGCUGCUGGUUUAAUCAGAUGACUGUGGCACUUUGACUUUUUGCACCUGUUGUUCUGGUUUGAAACUCAAAGAAGUUUGGGGUUUUGAGGUCUUAAUCCUCAUGGGCUGAUUGCUUCAGCUAAAGCAGAGUUGUGCACGUUCACACUAAAAGUGAGCACACUGAAAGUUCUCAUAUGUUGUUUUUAGCUGCUUUUUUUUCACAGAGCUUUCUGUUCUUUAAUCCUUAGCCUUCAAUCAUUGAUAUCCCCUAAAGUACACGAAUGACAGCAUUCUUCUAAAGAAACAGAUAUUUAUCUUAAAAGCCAAAAAAGCGGGAAAACACAAACUUAAAAACACAAAAGAGACUUUUCUCCUUACUCUUAAAAAGCUCCACCUCUGCCAAACCUUGUGAGUUGAUUUGCUGCAGACACUCCUGCUUAUAUCCUCAGAGCUGACCUUAUCAGCACAGCCAACCACCACUGAGCUGCUCGCAGCAGAAAUGCUGUGGGGUAAAUGUGACACAUCACCCUUCUGAUACAUCCUUCUGAAAUCCUCCAAGGAUGUGAGUGACCACUCUCUGUCUUCAGAAUGGGCUUCAUUCACUUCCAUGAGUUAGAAAUGAAGCUGCUUCUGUUCAACAUUCACAAAAAUAUGUGCGCCGGGCUCAACAGACGUGCUUAUUCCAGCAUGUUCGUGCAGCACAACCCUACACUGAAGUGGUCUAAUCUCUCAUGUCAGACCCUUUCCCCCCCAAGUUACACUGAGCCUGCCUAAGACUAGUUGUUGGUUUCAGGCCACUUUUAGACGGAAACGGUCUCCAUAGAAAACGGAAAAGUGCAGUUUCGUUUUCAGUUUUUAUGCUGUGUUUACACAAAAACGCAAUGUGGUUGAAAACGCUGUAAUGUGCAUGCCAGGUCACACCAACAACGCAUACGUAGAAAAACUUCCGUUCUGCCAUUUGGCACAUUAAUUAUUUGAUGCAAAUAAUUCAGACGCCUCCUCUGCUGAGCAGUAUGAUCCGUGAGGAUUCUGUACAGGUCGAAAUUGAGCUCCUGCCCGUUCAAUAAUAACGACAGCACGACUUGAAUGUCCAGCAUGGUUGUUGUUAUUUUCAAGGAAGCUGCGCAUGGCUAUGAUGUCAGAAGCGUGAGCCGACGUGAGGGAUAUAGGUUUCUAAAGACAGUCAGUCAAAGGCAUUAAAAUUACAACAUAAAGAUUAUCCUUCAUGUUCCUGUUAUCACAAAGAGGCGUCAGUAUGGAUUUUAAGUUUUUUCCAGAUGUGAAAAACUCGUUACAGGACCUUUUAACAGUCUUAGAGAGGACUGUGUAGCACAUACUUAGUCCACAGGGGGGCGCUGUAAUUCAAAGAAUCACCUCUGAUUCAAUAUAAUGCAGUUUAUAUUGAUGCUGUUCAGAAUAAAUCCUUCAUGUUUCCACAGUCCUCAGUUUACCUCAUGCUCUUGUUACAGUUAAACUCAGAUGUUCAGGAGCAAAAUGUUCAAAGAAAUGCUUAAAUGAUGAUAAUCCUGAACUUAAGGUCAAAGAUUUGAUCGAGUCUUAACCUUUAAUCAGGUUAGCUGGGCCCUGAGCUCUCUCCGUUUUCAUCCUGAGACACAAACAUCUCAAGAAGAGGAUUUAUCAGGAGGAGGAUGGUUACCUGUUUGAUGUUUGAACUCCUCAGACCUCCUCAGAGUGGACAUUUCUUAUCUUCAUUCAUCUUUGUGGAGCUCUGUUCAAAACAGGAGGGUUUGGAUAUGGGAUGUAUCUGUUCACAGUUUUCUGUUUUUGUCUUUUGUAUAAAGAUGUGACUACAUUCCUCUUUCUUCUCUUCUCUUCACUCUGAAGUGACUCUUUGUGUUUGUCAGGCUGUUACUCCUCUUACUUCCUGUCCCUAUUUUUGCACAUUUAUUGUCGUUUUUGACUCUGUUUUUUUAUGACAAUAAAAGUUUGCUAUUACCCGUUUGA